AUGGAUUUCUCAAAACUCAAUGACUCGCCCAUGUUCCGGCAACAGCUUCAGUGCAUGGAAGAGAGUGCAGAAUCGUUACGCUCGAGAUGUUUCAAGUUCUACAAAGGAUCUCGAAAGUACACGGAAGGGAUUGGAGAUGCAUAUGAUGGAGAUAUUGCAUUUGCAAGCGCCCUUGAAAAUUUUGGAGGAGGGCAUAAUGAUCCUCUAUUUGUAACUUUGGGAGGACCAGUUAUGACCAAAUUUGCUAUUGCAUUUAGAGAAAUGGGUACACAUAAGGAAGUUCUUCGGUCACAGGCGGAGCACAUGCUAAAUGACCGCUUACUGAACAUGCUAAACGUGGAUAUCCUAGAUGUCAAGGAAGCUCGAAGGCGAUUUGAGAAAGCUUCCAUUGUACAUGAUCAGGCACGUGAGAAGUUUAUGUCACUGAGAAAAAGCACUAAGAUUGAUGUUGCCACUGUCGUAGAAGAGGAAUUGCACAAUGCAAGAACCUCCUUUGAGGAAUCUCGUUUCAAUCUGGUUAGUGCUCUUCAUAAUGUUGAGGCCAAGAAGAGGUUUGAAUUUUUGGAGGCUGUCACUGGUGUUAUGGAUGCUCAUCUUCGAUAUUAUCGACAGGGAUAUCAGUUAUUACAUGAGCUGGAGCCUUUCAUUGUCGAGGUUUUGGCUUAUACACAAAAGGCAAGAGAAAGUUACAAUGAAGAGCAGAUUCGUCUUUGUGAAAGAAUGCUGGAGUACAAAAAACAUGUUCAUCAAGAAAGCAUGAUGUCCUUGACUGGCCCUUACAUUUCUCCCACUAGAGAUGGGAAUCCAGUGCAUCCUUUUUCAAGGAUAUCCAAUAAAGUGGCAGAUGCUAUAACAGAGUCUGCCGAAAAUGGAAAGAUUCAAAUCAUUCGACAAGGGUAUCUCUCUAAACGAUCAUCAAGUUUGAGGGGUGACUGGAAGAGAAGGUUCUUUGUUCUUGAUAGUCGUGGAAUGCUUUACUACUUUCGUAAACAGUGUAGCAAUCAAUCAUCCCUACACAGAAAUUGUGCCACCGAUAAUAGUGCUGGAAUUUUGAGUCGCCUUCUUUCUUCACAUUACCAUGGAGUCAUGCCUGAUGACAAAUGUGUAGCACGUCACACAGUGAACCUGCUCACAUCAACAAUCAAGUCUGAUGCUGAACAAUCGGAUUUAAGAUUCUGCUUCAGGAUUAUUUCACCUUCAAAGAGUUACACAUUGCAGGCAGAAAAUGCUGUGGAUCAGAUGGAUUGGAUGGAAAAGAUAACUGGUGUAAUUGCCUCCUUAUUGAGUUCUGAUGUGUCAGAAAAUGGUAACGGUCACUCUGCCAACAAGCUUCUUUUGUUAAAAGGUUGUCCAGAUGAUGAUCUAGCAUUGAAUGGGGAUUCUAUGUCAUCCGAAGACUUGCAGAAGAAUAAGCAAAGUACAAAAUGUGAAAAGCCAAUUGAUAUUCUUAGGAAAGUUGGUGGCAAUGACAAAUGUGCUGAUUGCGGCAAACCUGAUCCAGAUUGGGCAUCCUUAAACCUUGGCAUCCUCAUAUGCAUUGAAUGUUCCGGUGUCCAUCGGAAUCUUGGAGUACAUUUAUCAAAAGUAAGAUCACUGACCCUUGAUGUAAAAGUAUGGGAUUCAGCUGUCUUGAGCAUGCUUCAGUCACUGGGGAAUCUCUUUGCAAACUCAGUUUGGGAAGAACUGUUGCAACCAUCAUGUUCUUCACAAACAGAUGAGAAUCCUGAUGGAUCAUCGAAGCCGCAGAAAAAGUUAUUUCAUGCAAGAAAACCAUCACAUGAUGAUCCUAUUUCACUAAAGGAGAGGUUCAUUCAUGCAAAGUAUGAUGCAAAAGUGUUUGUUUGCCGGGUAAAGAACAACGAUCUCCUUUCACAACAGGUGGCAGAAAGCAUCAAUGCCAAUGACAAGAGAGCAGUGUACCGACACAUUGUGAAAUCAGAUGUGAAUGUCAAUGCUAUUAGUCGUGAACAAGGUAGAACUUCUUAUCCCCAGCCAAUUUAAAAAGCAGAUGAAAGCCCUAUUUGAGUAAUAAUGCAUUGUUGUUCAGGCUUUUCUUGCAACAUGGCUUCUUCAACUAACGAUCCAAACACAUCAUACGAAAACUCAACUCAAACAGAGGAGGACGUACAAGAUGGUUCUAGUGUCCUUCACCUGGCAUGCCGAAAUUGUGAUGUUGCAAUGGUAGAGCUACUCCUACAGUAUGGGGCAGACGUAAAUGCUAGUGAUUCUAAAGGAAAGACACCACUACAUUACUGCACUAUGAUGGGGAAGCAUGCAACUGCAAAAGUGCUUAUUACAAGGGGGGCGAAUCCACUUGCCGUAGACAAAGAAGGCAACACUCCUUUUAAGCUUGCACCUGAACCUGACCCUGUUGACAAAGAUACUGUUCCUCUAAACCAGGAAACGACACCCCCUCAAAACUCACCAGAAAAAUGAUUCACGCACACCUUGUGUGUUAAUAUGAGACUGAAGAGAUAAAAAGAUA